CCACCCGAUAGCUACGAACCCCACGUGGACUUCAGCGUGAUGAUUCUCUGCUUCGACUCGACAUCGCACAACGGCUUCAUGCGCCGAAUGCCGCAUAGUUACAAAGCUUUGCAAGAUAUAGGAGCUACUAUCAUGAAUGGUUACAACAUAGUGGGGGACGGUACUCCCGCCGCCAUCAUUCCGCUGCUGACAGGGAAGACGGAGCUCGACUUGCCGGAGACGAGGAAACUCUUCAGCGGCAGCAAACCUAUAGACCCUGACAACUUCAUCUUCAAAAUGCUCUCCAAACACGGCUACCGCACCGCAUACUUCGAGGACUCUCCCUGGAUCGGCACCUUCCAGUACCGAUACAACGGGUUCAGCUCGCAGCCCGCGGACCACUACCUGCAGGCCUUCCUGCAAGAGGAGACCAAGUUCGGCGCCAAGUGGUGGAACGGCAUCAACAAGAGGCACUGCAUCGGAGACACGCCACAGUACGGAUUUCUAAUGAAUUUGAGCAAACAGGUGACUUCAUUACCACAGAAGCAUUUCUGCUUCACUUUCAUAGUGGACAUCUCGCAUGAUGAUUUCAACAUGAUCAGCAGCGCUGAUGAUGACCUGGUAGCCUUCCUCCAUCACAUGCGGGACUCGGGCAAGCUGGAGAACCACUUGUUUAUUGUGAUGGGUGAUCAUGGAUCGAGGUUGGCUGAUUUAUUUAUUUCUAUAAGCAGCGAUGGCUUAUUUCGGCGAAUUCAAGUUGCUUGUUGCAACCUUCUUGUAUUUACUUUAAUAAUCACUUGUAGGUCUAAAUGUGCUGUGAGAAAGUUGACGUCUAUAGAUUGGGUGAUGAAGUUGACCAACAAUGAUGAUGUCCUCAGUUUCAAGUCCGGUAUCGAUUGUAAUGGUGAUCACGACUCUUACAUAAAAGCUGAUGUUAAGUCAAGACCUAGCGUCGAGUAUUAUCAAGCGAAAAUCACAAUGAGUCCGGGGCGCGCCGUGUUCGAGGGCACGAUGAAGUACGACGUCAACACGGAACAGUUUGUGAUAUCUGACAGCGACAUCUCGCGGAUCACGGCAUACGAUGACGAACCUGCUUGCAUCAGCAAAACACAUCCGCAUCUAAAUAAAUAUUGCUACUGCAAAGACGAGAAUACUAAAUUCACUUGAAACAAUACAUUGUCUUAUAAAUACGCUGUUUCAAAUAUACACAAGAUACAUUGUAAAAAAUACUUAAUCCUUAAAUGUAACUGCUGUAUUAUAUUAAAGAUAUCGAUUUUUAUACAGAAUCUAUUUGAAAAUAGCACACUAGCGCCACCCUGUUAAUAUCGAAAAAUCAUAUCCUUUCAUUUUUCAAUAAAAACUACGGUAUCAAUGAGUAACAUAGAUUAUACUUUUUUUAAUAUCCCGCGGACGAAGUCGCAAGCAACAGCUAGAUUGACUUUAAUUUGAAACAGCGUAUACAAUUGUUGUUUGUAUGUGUUAUUACAUAGAAAUGUAUUAGUUCCAGUGGAAUGCCUGCAAUACUUAAAUACAAGUUUUUACGUUACAAUUUUAGUAAAUAAAUGUCAAUUUAUAAUU